AUGUCAUAUGAAGAGAGUUCAGGUGUUAUUAAUGAACAGUUUGUUAUAGAAGAAGAGAUAGGCAAAGGUUCUUUUGCUGUAGUUUAUAAAGGGCAUUUGCUGAUAGCAGAUGAUACAACUAGUAAAAACCUUACUAAGAAUAAAAACAGUGAUAAUAAUGCUGUUGAUAACAACAAUAAUAAUACAGUUGCAAUUAAAAUUGUACCAAAAUCAAAAUUAAAUAAUAAUCAGAAAUUAUUAGAGAAUUUAGAAAUUGAAAUAUCUAUUUUGAAAAAAAUAAAACAUAAUCACAUAGUAUCUUUAAUCGAUUGUCAAAGAACUUCUAAUAAUUUUUAUUUGAUUAUGGAAUAUUGUUCCAUAGGUGAUUUAACUAUCUUGAUUAAAAGAAAUAAUAAUAAUAGUAAUAAUAAUAGUAAUAAGAGUGACUAUGGUAAAUAUAGUAUUACUAAAGAUAGAGAUAUCUUUUUAUCCAAAAUUUUUCAAUAUUAUCCAUCACCAAAUCCAAAAUAUAAUGGAUUGAAUAUUGCAUUGAUUUUAAAUUAUCUGCAACAAUUGUCAUCUGCUUUGAAAUUUUUAAGAUCAAAAAAUUUGGUUCAUAGAGAUAUUAAACCACAAAAUCUAUUAUUAACUAAACCUUUCAUAAAUUAUAAAGGUUCACAAGAGUUUCAUAGAAUGGGGUAUAUAGGAAUCUACAAUUUGCCAAUAUUGAAAAUUGCAGAUUUUGGUUUCGCUAGGUUUUUACCAAAUCAUUCAUUGGCUGAAACCUUAUGUGGAUCACCACUCUAUAUGGCACCAGAAAUCUUAAAUUAUGAGAAAUAUAAUGCAAAGGCAGACUUAUGGUCGCUCGGUAUCGUGCUAUUUGAGAUGGGUUCCGGCCAUCCACCUUUUAAAGCGUCAAAUCAUUUGGAAUUGUAUAAAAAGAUUAAAAAAUUAGCAUUAGAUAAUAAUAAUAACAAUAAUAAUAAUCAUGGGAACGCAGAUAAAAAUAAAAUGGUUCAAUUCCCUGAUUAUUUUAGUUCGAACUACAUCUCUGACAUACAACUGAAUAAUGAUUUGAAAAAUUUGAUCUGCAGGUUAUUAACAUUCAAUCCAAGGGAAAGAAUAACGUUUGAUGAAUUCUUUAAUAACAGGUUACUUAGUAUGGAUCUGUCAUGUUAUGAAACAGCUGAUUUUAAUUUGAAUUCAUACGAAAAUACUUUGAUUAAGGAUUCUAUCCAAAGGAAGUCAUUUAACCAAUUUUCAAAAAUCAAAUCGAAUCUAUCAAAUGAUUCUUCAAUUGUAAAGUCUCAAAACAAUAUUACAAGAAAGGCUCCCAGUAAUAAAAAUAAUAUUGAAGUCGAUAAUGAUUUAAUGUUUGAGAAGGAUUAUGUUGUUGUAGAAAAAAAUACCAUUGAAGUUAAUAAAUUGGCUGAUGAAUUAGCAGAGUUGGAUAUAAAGAAUGGUGAUCACAAUAGAAUAACUCCCAGAGAUAUUAAAGAUAAUAAUAAUAAUAAUAAUAAUAAUAAUAAUAAUAAAGUAAGGUCAAGAAGAUCUUCAUUUAAUGAAAGAUUAGGUUCAAUCAAUAUUUUGAAUCCAUCAAACGCUCUAUCAAAGGCAUUAGGUAUUGCAUCCACUAGAAUUUUUGGCAACAAACAAUGUUUUCAUAAACGUCCACCAUUGAAUCCCCCAAAUGUUGAUGUUUCAAUAUUCAAUGAAGAAUUAUUUAAAAAUAUUGAGGAUAAUAUACUUUUAAAUGUAAAAGAUGAAAAUAAUAAUAAUGGUAAUAAUAAUGGUCAUAAUGAGAUCGAAAAUUAUAGUCAUAAUGUAAUUGUUAAUAAAUUGGAAAAAUUGUCAGCAAAAGCAUUCGUUGUUUACACUUAUGCAGAAGUCAAAUUUGAACAAUUAAUACCCUUAUAUUUGAAUAGUUCCUCAAAGAGAUUUAAUACAGGAAAUAUACUAAUGAAUAGUGAGGAUAAUGAGUUACAUCAAGAAUAUCAAAAUGAAUAUAGCAAUAAUAAUAAUAAUCAUGCAUAUGAAAGAAAUUAUUCUCAUUUAAUGGAUAAUAUAAUCCUUACUUCAGAAUCAAGAAUUCUUUGUAAAGAAGCAAUAACAUUAUACGUAAAAGUACUGGAACUACUAAGUAAAUCAAUGGAAAUCACCUCAAAGUGGUGGUAUGAAUCCAAUGAAAGUUUUUGUUCACUAAAAUUAAAUCUGUUAGUUCAGUGGAUUAGAGAUAAAUUUAAUGAAUGUUUAGAGAAGGCGGAAUUAUUAAGAACAAAAUUAUGUGAAUCUUUAAGCAAGGAAAACUUAACAAUCGAUGAUAUUGAAGAUGUUUAUGUUGAAAAAUUAUUAUAUGAUAGAGCACUAGAAAUUUCAAAGAAUGCCACAACCAUGGAAUUAAAUGGGAAAAUUUUGAAUUGUUGUCAAUUAUCUUAUGCGACAUCACUUUGGAUGUUGCAAACAAUCUUAGAAGAUAGUAUAAAUGAUGAUAUUUUAGACGAUCAGAAUAAGAUGAUCAUCCAAAAGUAUAUUGAUAGUAUAACGAAUAGAUUAAGAUUAUUAAGAUCCAAGACAAAUAGUCAAAGUUAA